CAACUCAGUCUACCGCACUGCUGGCUUAGUGCUUCUGCUAUUGCGGCUGCUCAUCAAUCUUCGAAUUUGAUUUGAAGUAACCCCAUUUCCUCCAAAUUCCGAAUCCAAGCUUCCCCACUCCCGUCUCUGUCCUUCCUCCUCCUCCUCCUCGUCGUUGUGGAAGUGGAACCACAACAACUCUUGUCAAAGUCUUCCAGCAGCAGCUUUCCAAAAUUGUUUCUACCUUCUCGAGAAUAAGAGAAAUGGAUUACCGUAGCAGCAGAGCAGCGGCGCUUCUGCGGGGUUUAAGUUUAGUUUGUUCAGUAGGAGUACUAUUCGUGAUUUUCUCGUCCGCCGCAGCUGAGCCCUUUCAAUGCAACUCCAGCGGCACUUGUGACGCCCUGGUUGAUUACGUGCUCCCCAACUCCACCACCCUCUCCCGCAUCCAGACUCUCUUCAACGUCAAGAACCUCACCUCCAUCCUGGGCGCCAAUAACCUCCCGCUAUCCACCCCUCCCCAACGAACUUUCCCGGCCAACCAGACUGUGAAGAUUCCUUUCCCCUGUAUCUGCACCAAGGGGGCCACCGGCAAGUCCAACAAGCUCCCCAUCUACACGGUGGUCCCCAACGACGGCCUCUACCACAUAGCGGCUGAGGUCUUCUCUGGGUUGGCCACUUUCCAGCAAAUCCAGGCUGCCAAUAACAUCUCGAAUGCCAACUUGAUUUAUGUGGGCCAGAAGUUGUGGAUCCCACUGCCCUGCAGUUGUGACCAAGUGGACGGCCAAAUGGUGGUUCACUACGGCUAUGCGGUCCCAGCUAGGAGCAGCGUCGACGGAAUUGCCCAGCAGUACAAUACCACCGCCGAUGUUCUGUUGCGCCUCAACGGACUGGCCAGUCCUAAUGACCUCAAAGCCGGCGCUAUUCUCGAUGUUCCUCUUAAAGCCUGUGCCUCUAUGGUAAGCAAUACGUCGCUGGACUAUCCUUUACUUGUUCCUAAUGGAACUUAUACCUUGACUGCUACCAAUUGUGUAAAGUGUAACUGUGAUGCUGCUAACAACUGGACGUUAAACUGCGAGCCAUCCCAAAUUAAAUCAUCCGUUUGGUCUUCCUGCCCUAGCAUGCAGUGUCAAGGUACAGACAAUCUGUACCUUGGCAAUACAACAUCUUCAAGUUGCAGUCGCUCGACCUGUGCCUAUGCUGGUUACUACAACAACCGUACCAUUUCCACAACCACAGCCUUGGACUCAACUUGCCCCGCAUCUGAUAAUAACUCUUCAGCGAUGAGCAUGCAAGGCAGUUGGAAGAGGAACCUGUGGUUGUUUGUUCUUGUCCAGGUGUUGGUACUUUGUGUCUGGAUUUAGCAGUGAGCAAAGAAGAAAAUUAUACACUCGUACACGAUCCAUGCGGAAAUGUAAUUGAUUCCCUGGGAGGAAUACUACUAAUAAAUGUUAUCGUAGGGAGGUGGAUGAUGAUUUGAUAAGGUGGGGUGGGUCGGUCGCGGUGGAAAGCAUUUGAUCCUCCUCAUACUACUAUAUAAUAAAAAGUCGAGGACUGUGAUUCUUUGUUGUUGCCAUUUGCCACAAUACAAUUCAAUACUCUUAAAAUGUCCCUCUACUUUAUAUUUUGUGUCA